GUUGAAAAGUAUGCCAAUGAUAGCCUAAACUGGCAUGAGGGAAUGAAAGUUAGAUGGGUGGGAGCUAUAUUAGACGCAAUGAAUGAAAUCCAGGGGAACUUGUCAAGGCUUACAGCACCUUAUCUACUUGUCCAUGGUGAUGGAGAUCAAUUAGUGAAGAUUGACGGUUCACGUUACUUACAUGAGAAUUCUCCCAGUGACGACAAGACAUUUAAGGUACACGAAUGAGCUGCUUUGCUGACGGCAUUGAGCAAACUAAUAGCCUCUCUAUGGGUAUUUCCGACGAAUAGUUAGGGCGCUUGACGGUAUAUCAUAAGGGCAGGAAGAAGCAGUCUUAGAUCGGCGUUUGUUCCUGCGCGGGGUAGGAGUUUCGGCCGCUUUGUUCCAAGCGUAAUUAUUGAAGUGUGAACUAAUCCCAACAACAGUCGUGAUUUGUCUAAACCCUUUAAACCCCAAGAGUGAACAAGGGAAAAGGUUAUGAGAAUUUAUAAAAUAAUCACCAAAGAGGAAAUUCUUGUCUCCAAACGGGUGUCUAAAGAAUAAUAUAGAGUUUUCCCUCUUCGUCCAAUUUUCCGUCCCGUUGUCAUUUUUAAAUCUAGCUAUUAUUAUUUCAUUAUAAACUCAACUGCGUGUAAAACUUGCUUUGCAGGUGUACAAAAAUGGACGCCAUGAACUGUUGAAUGAGGUGGAAGAAACUGCGAGCGUGGUUUACAAGGACAUUCUUGACUGGAUUCAGCAAAAGCUACCUUGAACUGUUUUAGGGCCACGUGCACACGAAUCCAGACUAAUUUUUGAAACUGCAUAACUUUUCACCGGGAUUCGUGUAGACGAGGACUUAAACCACUCCGGAGAGCGGUUUCAAAAAGAUAUUAGGCUGACUUAGCAAUAGAACGGGAACGUCAGUUGACGACGACGCGCGCAAAUCAAACAACUGGCUUGACCAAUCGCAGAGCAGCAAAUUGAGCACCGGAAGUCGCGUUCAGUCCUUUCCGCGCGCUUUACCGUCGUCAACUGAUGUUCUCGUUCUGUUGCUAAAUCAGCCUAAUGUUUCGGUGAGAGGAUUCACUGGUUUCGCGCGUGAACGGAGUACCAGACGGAAUGCCGAUACAUGUGAAAAAUAUAGAUAAAUGCGCUUUUGAAAAUAUCCGGAUUUGUAUGGACGAGGCUUUUCACGAUAGUAUCAAUCUACAAAUAUGACCAGAAUCAUUUCGUUUUUUUUUAAUUUCUUUCAUAUUUAGUUCAGUAAAUUCAGAAACCUUAAUUUGCAUGAGAAAGCCAAAUUCUGUGGGCUUCUAAAAACGGCCGUUUGCACGGUGACGCCAUUUUACUAUACCAGAUUCCCUCAGGGUUUUGCUUUCUUGCGCAAGUUAGGGCUUUUGUUAUUUAAACCUCGGAGGGAUUACCAGAUUUAAAUAUAAAAGAAAAAAUGACAUGAAUUCCUUUAGUAGCAAAAACAUGUCAUCGCGUAAAUAGCCAAUUAGGCCCCCUGGCCCCAGUAGCCUUGCAGCAGUUCAGAAUAGACCCCUGUGUGUCGCAGUUCUUUUGUUUUCGGGCUAGGUUCCAAACUUUGUUUGUUCAUAUUUUUCCCCGCCAAUAACGUGAGGUCUUCCAAGAACUGCAAGGUCGCCCCUUAUAUGAAGAAAGUCGCCCCGAGUAGAAGAGUCACUCGCCUACCCCAGCUACCCUGGGCGAGCCAACAUUUGCUACAUUUCCUUACCGAAACUUGGCGUUUAAUUACACUAAAAAACAAAUGGUGGGCUCGGCUAGAGCCCUUUUUCGAUGGUAAGGUCACCUCUCUAGCUAAGCCAACUUUUCUCCAAGAAAACACUUGGCUUGCACAGCCAGGUCAACUCGGUUAGGGCGAGAUAAUCAGAGCAUGCGCAAGCGCUGUUUUCAGCUCUAGGCUUGCGCAAAGGGGUCAACUGUUUCUCAUUUAAACACUUGCUUAAGUUGACUGGGGCUGGGAGGGUGACCCCGGGAAAAUUUUUCUCUACAUAAACAGGGCCUCAUUCGCAUGUUUUCUUGAUAUAGGUUCAAUAAACAAAAUAAUAACUCUGCAUGUGCAUUAUACGUUUUUAUAAAUUUAUUCGCCGUCUCUACGUUAUGAGAGGACAUAGGCACCCGAAGACAAAUUUCUUUUUCUCUAUUUGCACUAUGAUGUCAGUGCUCCCUAAAAAUUCAUUUCCACCGAAAAAUCGCGUACAUUUGACCAACUUAGCCAGUUAAGAUAACCGUCACAAAUUUUAAAAGUAUACCAAAUAGCUUUUUAAAUGACGUUUUCGCUACCGUCGCCUCCCUAAUGUCGGGGGCAUUAAAUCUCGAGCAACUGACGAUCAGUCAGGGUCAAUCUCUGUAUUUUAACGCCAUAUGUUAGUAGUUAUAGGUCUCACGUUAGGUUGUCUGCUUUGGACUACAAAAGGUACCAGGACGAUCGAGAAACGUGCCCCACGUGGUUUUGACUCCGGCGGGCUAAAAUUGACCGGAGACCGAAAAAACCGGUCACCUGGAGCGAAAGGCGACGGGGAGAAGAGAUAGGCUGGGAACGAGAUUGAUUUACAGUUUGAUGUUCCUAGAUAAUAAUAACCUGCGAUCAUGCUCUCCCUGAAAAACCGUAAAACGCCUGUUCAAAACAAAAAAGACGAUGAAACAUGAGAAAGUAUAGCUUUACACUAUUUGCUUGUUUCUGUUUUCGUCUUUUGUGGCUAUGGUUUAUUUGUAUUUUUGGAUUCUGUUUCAGUUUUGCGAUUUAAUUCUAUACUUUUAUGUGUGCCUUUCCGGUUGGGGAUGCUUAUUUCCGUAUUGGGAUUUGUGUUUCUGUUUUCUGGUAGUGAUUUUCUGUUUUGGGUUUCCGUUUUGUCUAUGUGUUUCUGUUUUGGGUUUGUUCUCUCCUAUUUUUGUUGUUGUUGUUGUUGUUGUCUUGUGGUUUUUUGUUUCUAUCAGCCACCCUAUAUAUUUGAUAGACCUCUGCAUUUAAAUCCAACCACUGGAGAACACUGGACAAAACUCCGUCGAAAAUUUCUUCACAGAUAUCAAAUCGUUCAGGUAAGAAAUAAUCUCCUCUAACUUGGAAUUUUCCUAAGCAGAUAUUUCUGCAAGGUUCAUUUUUGCUGUAGUUUUUUUUCCCUCUCUUUUUUACUUAGAAAUAAUUAAUAACUUGAAUAAGUUUAGACCGGUUGGCGACCGAGAAGCAAAGUAUGUUUGUUCCAUGUUAAGCAAAACGUCCGACAAGAAUAUUGUUUUGACCGAUUUGUGUUUCUCUCCCUUCGUUGUCUCCCUUGUACGCUUCUCUCUUCCACUUUCUUUCCACCCCCCCUCCCCCAAAACAAAACCCACCCCUACCCCUCCUCACACAAGCAAUGCCGGAUAUUCAGCAUAAUUUGUGUUAAAUGUGGAUCUCUCAUGUUGUAGACGUCACAGAUUUAUAAUAAUUUUCAUUUUUAUUACAAUAGCUAACAAAGACAGACCUGCUUUGUGCAUAAAUUUGUGAAGCUAAGUCUUGCAUCGAUUAAUAAGAAAUUGAGGUCACGAACUUAUUUAGUCGAGACAUCUUUCCUCAAACGGCCGCCUUUUAAAUUUUUCAAUGUUCAUUGGGACUAUGUGAAUUGUACUGCCAGAAAGGUUUUCAGGAAAAUUACUAUUUAUAAAUUAAAUCGCUUUUAUUUCUGCUCUAUGUACGGCAAACAAUUUCAAAUUUGUUGUGGUUUUCUAGUUUGUGGUCUCUCUGAAAUUUGCAUGUAAUGUUAUUGUCGCCGGGCAGCGGACUCAUUUUUUGAACUUUGACUUAUUAUUAUAAAAACACUAAACAAUAAAAAACGUAAGAAGGAUCAAUUAAAACACGCGACUAAUAAACGCUCAAAAUAAAACCAGACACGAGAUACCGUUUUAAAAACAUUAUUUUUAAAAGGAAUGAAAAAUUAAUCCUCUUCUUCGUUGUCCUCUUUAGAGGGAGAAUAAAAAUUGGUUUACAACGUCUUCGCUUUUUUGUGUGUAAUUGCUCCACAAUUGUGACACCGAAGAAAGCCCUCUUUGAUUUAAUUUCUCUCCUCGGGGAUCUGGUGAUCGCAUAUCGGACAAAUCUUGUAGUAAUCGUGCCAAAAGCAGUUAGGACAUUUCAUGAUCAAUGUUCAGUACACUUUAGAAUUCUCACAAUGUUCACAGGGAUUUUUAGAGUGAAAGGUGGUGGACGUUUCAAGGCUACUACUUUAUGUUUCCUGACUGUGGUCGUUUUUCAGUGUCGUUGUAGCUCUCUUGGGAGUCAACUUCAACGCCAUUCUCAGAAGCCACUUCCUCCUCCUCCUCCUCAUCCUUCCCCUCCUAAUUUUAAAUAUCCAAUGAACCGUCCUCAUUAUUACUCUCGUUAUCGGAAGUAUUUUCUGCAUUUUGCUAGCCUUUUUCCUUUUCUAUUGAAUCGCUUAGCAACUUUUUGCUCUUGGUUAAACCUUUAUCGACUCCUAACUCUGCAAGUCCAUCUAGAAACGUAUUCAGCGCACGAGGCUUGGUAACGUUAUUGUUAUGUGGGGGUAACACAUACUCAAUUAGCUCGGCGAUGUUUGUGACAGGAAUUAUACGUUUAUUUCGAAGUAAUUGUCCACGGGGAGUCCAGAAAUAUUGUCUUAUAACACCAGUUCAGAAACUGUCAAAAAAAUUCCGGAGAAGCGUCAGUUAGAGUAAAUCAAGGAUGGAAGGAGUGGAAAGUUCUGUUAUGUCUUAUCUGUCUAAUGGGAACAUACAUUGUAUUCUAAGACUUCAAAUGUAUUAAUGAAAAUUAUUUUUGUUUUACUCCACCUCAACGCUCCUCAAAGAGACCUUACUGCCAAGAAACAGUUCCACUUUGAAUAGUAAAACUUGGAAAUGGCAGAAAGAAUACUACAGUAUAUAGAUGAACAAAACAAGCCUCUUACAAUAGCGCAAAUCAAUAAAAACACCGAAGAGAAAGCAGAAGUCUACCACAAUCUAGGCAGAGCUUGUUACUCCCUCGAGGACUUCCAUCAAGUAAUAGAGUACCACAAUCAACACCUCAGGAUUGCCAAGGAAGUUGGUGACAGGGCAGGUGAAGGAUGUGCCUAUGGCAAUCUCGGCGUCACUUAUCACAGCCUUGAAGAAUUCCAACGAGCAAUAGAGUACCACAAUCAAAACCUCAGCAUUGCCAAGGAAGUUGGUGACAGGGCAGGGCAAGGCAAAGCCUAUAACAAUCUCGGCGCUACUUAUCACAGCCUUAAUGAAUUCCAAAGAGCAAUAGAGUACACCAAUAAAUACCUCAGCAUUGCCAAGGAAGUUGGGGACAGGGCAGGGCAAGGCAAAGCCUAUGCCAAUCUCGGCCUUGCUUAUCACAGCCUUAAUGAAUUCCAAAGAGCAAUAGAGUACAACAAUAAAUACCUCAUCAUUGCCAAGGAAGUUGGUGACAGGGCAGGGCAAGGCAAAGCCUAUGCCAAUCUCGGUCUUGCUUAUCACAGCCUUGCUGAAUUCCAAAGAGCAAUAGAGUACAACAAUAUACACCUCAUCAUUGCCAAGGAAGUUGGUGACAGAGUAGGGCAAGGACUAAGCUAUGGCAAUCUCGGCAAUAUUUAUUUCCUUCUCGGCGAAAACCAACGAGCAAUAGAGUACACCAAUAAAUACCUCAUCAUUGCCAAGGAAGUUGGUAACAGGGCAAUGGAAGGCAAAGCCUAUUCCGAUCUCGGCGCUACUUAUCACAGCCUUAAUGAAUUCAGACGAGCAAUGGAGUGCCACGAGAAACACCUGAGCAUUGCCAAGGAAGUCGGUGACAGAAAAGAAAAAGGACGUGCCUAUUUACACAUCGGCCUCGUUCAUGAAUCCCUCGGCGACGUGCCACGAGCAAUGGAGUACUACAAGCAAUCCCUGAGCAAUGCCGAGGAAAUCGGUGACAGUUUUGGACAAGGAAGGGCCUGUUGCCGCCUCGGAAGUUGUUAUAGAGAACUCCACGACUUGAAGGAAGCAAUAGAGUGUUACAAGCAACACCUGAGCAUUGCCGAGGAAAUCGGUGACAGGAUGGCAGAAGCAUGUGCCCAUACCAAACUGGGUCAAUCUUUUUUGUAUUCAGAUUCUUUGAAUGAGGCUUUAGAACAUUUUAGAUGCAGUGUAAAAGUCUAUGACACUAUUAGAGCCAAUUCUAUCUCGGAAGAUCAAUUGAAAAUAAGUUUCUGUACGAAACAUCAAUUUGCCUAUACUCAUUUAUGGCAAGUUUUAGUAAUGCUUGAAAGGAAUGAUGAGGCUUUAUACGCUGCUGAGAGGGGACGAGCACAGGCUUUGCUCGAUGCCUUAAAAGUAACUUAUGGCCUUACAUCACUUUCUCCCAGGUCAAUUGAAUCUGAAGAAGAAGUCAGAAAUAUUUCAAGGAAGACAACUGUUUUAACAGUUUUUCUUGCCCUUCAUUUGAAUACAGUCAAUAUCUGGGUGUUGGGAAAAGAGGGCAACCCUAUUUUUAGGCAAGCGGAGAUAGAAAUUGGUCGUGAACACGAAGAUUCCUUUACUCUCCUUUUAGACACUGUUUUGAAAAACAUUGACUCAACUCCCUCAAAUACUCGAGACGACAAUCAAACAUCGGAGCCAUCACAGGAGAGCACCGACUUUUUACAGCCAUUAUAUGAUGCAGUUCUUGGUCCCAUUGAAGACUUGCUUGAUUGUGACGAAAUAAUUGUAGUUCCUGAUGGCGCUUUGUCUAAAGCUCCUUGGGCAGCCCUGAGUGAAACAUUAAGGAUCCGGACUGUUCCCUCACUGACAAGUUUGAAAGUCAUCACAGAUUCUCCAAUUGAAUACCACAGUAAAAGUGGAGCCCUGCUUGUUGGAGACCCAUGCUUGAAGAAAAUUACAGAUAAACGGGGGAACCCCAUUUAUGAUCCUCUAAAGUACGCAAGAAUGGAAGUGGAGAUGAUUGGAGAAAUUCUAGAGAGUCAACCUUUAACAGGUGAAGAUGCAACCAAAGAAGCGGUACUUCAGAGAAUCGCGUCCGUUGCUUUGGUUCACAUCGCAGCCCGAGGAAGGAAGGAGACUGCGGAAAUUGUUUUGGCUCCAAACCCCCGAGAAGGAUCCAGGCCUCCUACGGAGGAGGACUAUAUUUUGAAAAUGUCUGACAUUCAAGCUGUUAGGCUGAGAGCGAGGCUAGUUGUGCUUAGUUUCUGCCACAGUGGUGAAGGAAAGGUCUCGUCUGAGGGUGUGGUCGGUAUGGCACGUUCUUUCUUGUUUGCUGGUGCUCGUUCCGUGCUGGCGACAGUCUCGCAUAUUGAUGACGAAGCCACAAUGAUGUUUAUGAAAUCUUUCUACCAACAACUUGGAAGUGGAGAAAGUGCAAGUGUUGCUCUUCAGAGGGCCAUGAAAUGUCUUCGAGACUCCCACGAUUUUUCUCCCCCGAAGUACUGGGCUCCAUUUGUUCUGAUUGGUGAUGAUGUUAAGAUUGAAUUGAAGAAAAAACAUUGA